CCUGAAAUGCUCUCAUUGGCCACUGUACUUGAUAGCUGUAGACACCUGACUUUAUAUUGAACAGCCCAAUUAUAAAUGGUCCAUUCUCCACUGUUACAAUUGCACGUAGACGGCUCUUUCAAGCAACAAGGAAACAAAGGAAAGGAAAGAUGCUGGCCUGUCGUUCGCUGGCUUGGAGGCUUCAGCGUUCAGUCUGGAGGGGUGUGUCCACCACUAGCCGUGCAUGCAGCGCUGUCUCUAAAGAUGCGCUCGACUGCAGCGUGCCCCAGUAUACCAACCGCCCGGAAAUCCCCCUGCCUCCGGUGCCGUUCGUCACGGACCUCAACGCCGAGCAGCGCAAGCUCAAGGAGAAGGAGAAAGGGAUCUGGACUAAUUUAACCAAGGAGGAGAAGAUUGCGCUCUACAGGAUGGCCUUCCAGCUCUCCUAUGCCGAGAUGGACAAGGGAUCCAGCGAAUGGAAGACGGUGGUGGGCGGGGUCUUUUUCUUCCUGGGCUUCACCGGGCUGGUCAUUUGGUGGCAGCGGCUCUACGUGUUUGGCGAUGUGCCCCACACCCUAUCAGAUGAGUGGGUGGCGCAGCAGACACAGAGAAUUCUUGACAUGAGGAUGAACCCUGUCCAUGGCGUGGCCUCACAAUGGGACUAUGAGAAAAAACAAUGGAAGUAGACUUGAUGUGCAGGGUCAGGCACUACACGACAAUAGGGGUAGGGACCCCUGGCCCUAGGGCGUUUAAGUCACAGUGAGAUGCUGUGACCCUCUGACCACUGUUUUCAAAAUGUUGUGAAGUCUCAACAUUACCACUCUGUAAGCUGACAUAAAGUAACACUUGAAAAAAAAAUCUCCUGU